AAAAAGUCAACUUUCUCUUGACCUACAUAACCCGUAAGUCGCGUCACAUGGGAUCAAUUCAAAAACACACUUCGCUGUUCUUUUCUCUCCUUUUGAAUCCUAAAGAGAUCUUUUUUAUUUUUACUCAUCCUCUCUGUUUUCCUUCUUAAUUACUUAAUUCAUUAACCCGCCAGGCAAAAGAAAAAAAAAAAUCUCAGUCAAGUUCGUCCGAAAGUUUUCAACGACGACGGCUUUUUAGAGAUUUGAUUCGUUUCACUCUUCUGGGUAUUGAUUUUCUUCCUUAAAUUUGCAUCCUUUUUAACGUUUAUCCAACGAUCUUGCUCCGUUACUGAAACUCUGUUUCUCCGUUGCUUCUCUCGUCUCAUUUAUUGUUCGUAACGUGAUUUUACUACUUCUGUUACUCGAGUAGAGAUUACCCUUCUUAUGUCCGAAUCUGAUUCGUCGUCUUUAAGCUUUGUCUUCUCCCAAUUAGCUCAAAGUUCGUAACUUUGUUUACUUGCCAAUAAGAAAUUUCCAGAGACUGAAGUUUCCAUUGAAUGUAUUGUUCUUGGAGAACUUAACCGGAUUCAGGACAUGGCUAACCGAACAGACAACUCGAAUCGCUGUUCGAAUGGUAAAAAGCCAAAUGAUGGAAUGAGACUCAUUAUAGCGACAUUCGUAGGAAUAGUUGUCGGUUUCUUCUUGGGGAUAUCUUUCCCUACACUAUCACUAACAAAACUAAAUUUUCCCUCUGGCAUUCUUCCCUCUGUUGAUAUUACUUACGUAGAAGAUGAGACACCAGAAACAUCGAGUGAAACGCUUUUGCAUACAUGGUCAUCUAGGGGUCCGUUACAUGGGGCUAAUUCAAGUGAUGCACCGCAUUGGAAGAUUUGGGUUCCAUCGAAUCCCCGAGGUGCAGAGAUGCUGACUCCUGGUAUCAUUGCACCUGAAUCAGAUUACUACUUACGCAGACUUUGGGGAUUACCUGAGGAGGAUGUUCCUGUGAAGCCAAAGUAUCUCAUUGCGUUUACUGUCGGUUUUGGUCAGAAAGUGAACGUUGAUGCUUGUGUCAAGAAGUUUUCAAAAGAUUUUACAAUUGUUCUAUUCCACUACGACGGACGAACCACAGAAUGGGAAGAAUUAGAAUGGUCCAAACGCGCAAUACACGUGAGCGUGCCAAAGCAAACCAAAUGGUGGUAUGCUAAAAGGUUUCUGCAUCCUGACAUUGUGGCACCUUAUGACUAUGUAUUCAUCUGGGAUGAAGACCUCGGCCUUGAAAACUUCGAUGUAGAAGAGUACAUCAGGCUUAUAAAGAAACACGGUCUAGAGAUAUCGCAGCCUGCUGUUGAGUCUAAGAAAAAGAUCACAUGGGAGAUAACAAAGAGAAAAACCAAAGGAGAAGUUCACAAAGAUGCGAAGGAGAAACCAGGUCGAUGCAAUGACCCUCACUUGCCUCCCUGUGCAGCGUUUAUAGAGAUUAUGGCUCCAGUAUUCUCAAGAGAUGCAUGGCGUUGCGUGUGGCAUAUGAUUCAGAACGAUUUGGUUCACGGUUGGGGUCUUGAUUUCGCACUCCGUAAAUGCGUUGAGCCUGCACAUGAGAAGAUAGGAGUUGUGGAUUCUCAAUGGAUCAUACAUCAAUCUCUUCCUUCUUUAGGCAGCCAGGGAGAGGCACAAGACGGUAAAGCAGGGUGGCAAGGGGUGAGAGACAGAUGUAAACGGGAAUGGACAAUGUUCCAAAGCCGAAUGGCUAGUUCCGAGAAGCAGUAUCUCAAGGAAAUCGCAAACUCAACGAUUCAUUAGCUGAAGAAACUAAACAAAUAGAAAGACAAGUGAAGGAUUAUACAAUGACAUGGUAGAGUCCAGAAAUGUUUACGAGUGUUCAUACGAUGAUUAUGCAAAUCCAAGUUAUAUUGUUCAUAUGAUAACUAAGCAACUAUACACAGGACACAAUUUUUUACAGAAACUAUUAGAGAUCAUUUUUGUCGUUUUUUGUGUUCUUGACCGUCGUUACUUCAUUUCUCUCAAUGUCUUUGUUUCAAUAUCUGGAAAUGAAUACUGUUACUUAUCUAAUUGAUGAAUACUAUUUGCUAAAUUAGUGUUC